CUGUCUUUCGGUGGAGCUCGUAAGUGGUCGGCGGCGGGCCGGGGCAGUGUAGCGCCCCGCCCCCCCCCGCGUGCCCCGCAGGCAGGCAGGCAGCAGCACACCCCACCGCACCGACGAGCGAGCGAGCCGUCGGUAACGGAGAAGAUGGCUGAGCGGCAACAACAGAAACACGAAGGCAGGGUAAAGAUUGGCCACUACAUCCUCGGCGACACGCUCGGAGUGGGGACGUUCGGGAAAGUGAAGAUCGGUGAGCAUCAGUUGACUGGCCACAAAGUGGCUGUGAAGAUCCUGAACAGACAGAAGAUCCGCAGUCUUGAUGUUGUUGGAAAGAUCAAACGAGAGAUCCAGAAUCUCAAACUGUUCAGGCAUCCGCACAUCAUCAAGUUGUACCAGGUGAUAAGCACUCCGACAGACUUCUUCAUGGUUAUGGAGUAUGUUUCAGGAGGGGAGCUGUUUGACUACAUCUGCAAAAAUGGACGGGUGGAGGACACAGAGGCGCGCCGACUGUUCCAGCAGAUCAUCUCCGCUGUGGACUACUGUCACAGGCACAUGGUGGUCCACAGGGACCUCAAGCCGGAGAAUGUCCUGCUCGAUGCCAACAAGAACGCCAAGAUCGCCGACUUUGGACUGUCAAACAUGAUGUCAGACGGGGAGUUUCUGCGGACGAGCUGCGGCUCACCCAACUAUGCAGCACCAGAGGUCAUCUCAGGAAGACUGUACGCAGGCCCAGAGGUCGACAUCUGGAGCUGCGGGGUGAUCCUGUACGCCUUGCUGUGUGGCACUCUGCCCUUUGAUGAUGAGCAUGUUCCCACGCUGUUUAAGAAGAUCAGAGGAGGUGUCUUUUACAUCCCGGAGUACCUGACCCGCUCUGUGGCCUCGCUGCUAAUGCUCAUGCUGCAGGUGGAUCCUCUUAAGAGAGCAACCAUCAAAGACAUCAGGGAGCAUGAGUGGUUCAAGCAGGACUUAUCUGGCUACCUGUUCCCAGAGGACCCGUCAUAUGACUCCACCGUCCUGGAUGAAGAGGCUGUCAAGGAAGUGUGUGAAAAGUUUGAAUGCACUGAGUCGGAAGUUGUGUCCAGCCUUUACAGUGGCGAUCCUCAGGAUCAGCUAGCAGUAGCCUAUCACCUCAUCAUAGAUAACCGCAGGAUAAUGACCCAGGCCAGCGAGUUCUACUUGGCAUCCAGUCCUCCACAGGGCUCUUUUAUAGAGGAGGGCAUGCCGCUGCCCCCGGGGGUCAAACCCCACCCUGAAAGGAUGCCUCCGCUCUUAGCUGACAGCCCCAAAUCUCGUUGUCCAUUGGACGCUCUCAACACCACCCGACCCAAACCGCUGGCAGUGAAGAAAGCCAAGUGGCACCUGGGCAUCAGGAGUCAGAGCAGGCCCUAUGACAUCAUGGCCGAGGUGUACAGAGCCAUGAGACAGCUCAGCUUUGACUGGAAGGUGGUGAACCCGUACCAUCUGCGCGUGCGGAGGAAGAAUCCGGUGACAGGAAACCUGGUGAAAAUGAGCCUGCAGCUCUACCAAGUGGACAACAGAUCCUACCUCCUCGACUUUAAGAGCAUCGACGAUGACAUCAUCGAGGCCGUAGGCUUUAAAUCUGGGUCGUCCACUCCGCAGAGGUCAGGCUCCACGGCCGGCCUGCACAGACCCCGGCUCAGCAUCGACUCUGCGAGCCCAGCCAUCGACCUGCCCCAGCUCAGCUCCUCCCUCCCCGGGUCGCUGUCCGGCAGCUCCCCUCAGCUCAGCCCACGCCAAGGAUCCCACACCAUGGACUUCUUUGAGAUGUGUGCCAGCCUGAUAACCACGCUGGCCCGCUGA